AUGGCUGCCACCAGAACCAUUCUUCCCGCCGUUGCCGUGAUGACCGUCCUAAGCACCGCGUCUGCAGCAAUCUACAACAUCGUCUUCAAGUACUCCCCUCAGGCACACGAUGUCCUUGAAGUCAGCAAGGCAGACUACGACUCCUGCACCACCGCUAGCCCCGUCACCACCCUCAACUCCGGGAAUGAUGUUGUCACCCUCAUCGCCACCGGCACCCGCUACUUCAUCUGCGGUUUCCCUGACCAUUGCGCGGGCGGCAUGAAGGUCAAGAUCGAUGUCAUGCCAGGCUCCUCUUCAUCACCCGCACCGGCCAGCGGUCCAAAUGCAAGCAACGCUGCCCCGCCAACACCUGUCUCCGCUGCAACCAAUGUGGAGGCCAUGGGGCUUGGCCUCGUUGUUUUGCUUGCCAUUGCCGGCCUCAUGGCUUGA